AUGAGAAAAAGCGGCGUUGAUCUAUCUUUUCCUAGCAAAGAGGAAAAAGAAAAGGGCAUUACUCAUGAAUUAAAAGGUUUUCAUCCGGGAGUAGUUAUUUCUAAUAAUCAGCAAAAUCGUCCUUUGAUAACUAUUAUCCCGCUUACUUCCCAACUAGAUAAAGUUUAUCCUUUUGAGGUAGAAACUAACUUAAAUAAUCGCAAAGGUAAAGCUCUUACUGACCAAAUUACUACUAUUGACAAAAAAAGAUUAGGAGAUUAUUUAGGACAAUUAGACAAAAAAACCAUGAGAGAAAUUCAAGAAGCUCUCUAUAUUACUUUGGCUUUUGAAGAAUAG